UUCAAAGCUCAGUCUUUCAAUUGGGAAGAACGAACCGUAGAAAAAGUUUUGAAAAUCAAUGCAAAUUCCAGAUUCCUUCUUCUUCUACUAAUUCAGUAAUAGUAAUUCUUCGAGCUCAUCAAUGGCUUCCUCCACCACCACCAAGGAAUCAUCUCCUUUUUCUUCUUCUCCUAGAUACAUAUUUGACGUCUUUCUCAGCUUCAGAGGCGUGGACACUCGCAAUAACAUCACAAAUCUUCUUUACGAAGCUCUGAGGCGACAAGGCAUCAUUGUUUUCAGAGAUGACGAUGAGCUCGAGAGAGGGAAGGCUAUUGCUAACACUCUAACCAACUCGAUUAGGCAAUCCAGGUGUACCAUUGUUAUUCUCUCUAAAAGAUAUGCAGAUUCAAAAUGGUGCUUGAGGGAGUUGGUUGAGAUUGUCAAAUGCAAGAAUUCCUUCAAUCAAAUAGUUCUUGUGGUUUUCUACAAAAUUAAGCCCUCCGAUGUCAACAGCCCUACUGGGAUUUUUGAGAAAUUCUUUGUUGAUUUCGAGAAUGAUGUUAAGGAGAAUUUUGAAGAGGUUCAGGACUGGAGGAACGCCAUGGAAGUGGUUGGAGGUCUCACUCCAUGGGUUGUAAACGAACAGACCGAAACAGAGGAAGUCCAAAAGAUUGUUAAGCAUGCUUUCGAUCUUCUGCGUCCUGAUUUGCUUAGCCAUGAUGAGAAUUUGGUUGGCAUGAACUUGAGAUUAAAAAAAAUGAAUAUGCUUAUGGGCAUAGGGCUGGAUGAUAAGCGCUUUAUUGGGAUAUGGGGGAUGGGUGGAAUAGGCAAGACAACUAUUGCUAAAGCUGUUUUCAAAAGUGUCGCUCGUGAAUUCCACGGAAGUUGCAUUCUGGAAAAUGUUAAGAAAACUUUAAAGAAUGUUAGAGGCUUGGUGUCCUUGCAGGAGAAACUUCUUUCCGAUACUCUAAUGAGAGGAAAAGUUCAAAUUAAAGAUGGUGAGGGAGUUGAAAUGAUAAAGAAAAACUUAGGAAAUCGAAAAGUUUUUGUUGUUCUCGAUGAUGUUGAUCAUUUUAGCCAGGUGAAAGAUCUGGCAGGAGGAGAAGAGUGGUUUGGUUGUGGAAGUAGAAUCAUCAUUACAACAAGAGAUGAAGGUUUGCUUCUUUCUCUUGGAAUUGAUAUAAGAUACAAUGUUGAGAGUUUCGGUGAUGAAGAGGCUCUUCAGCUCUUUUGCCAUGAAGCAUUUGGAGUGAAGUUCCCUAAGAAAGGUUAUUUGGAUCUUUGUAUGCCAUUUGUAGAAUAUGCUGAGGGCCUUCCAUUGGCAAUCAAGGCCCUUGGGCAUUCUUUGCACAAUAGAUUGUUUAAGUCAUGGGAAGGUGCCAUUAGAAAGUUAAAUAAUUCUUUAAACAGGCAAGUAUAUGAAAACUUGAAAAUUAGUUAUGAUGCACUUGGAAAGGAAGAGAGGAGAAUUUUUUUGUAUAUUGCCUGUUUUCUUAAAGGACAGAGCAAAGACCAAGUCAUUGACACAUUCGUGAGUUUUGAAAUUGAUGCUGCUGAUGGACUUCUUACCAGAAAAAAGGCUGCCGAUGUACUUUGUAUAAAAGAAACUGCUGCUGAUGCACUAAAAAAAUUGCAGGAGAAAUCCCUCAUAACUGUGGUGAAUGACAAAAUACAGAUGCAUAAUUUACACCAAAAACUAGGCCAAGAAAUCUUUCGUGAGGAGUCAUCGAGGAAAAGUAGUAGGCUAUGGCAUCGAGAGGAUAUGAACCAUGCUUUAAGGCAUAAACAGGGAGUUGAAGCUAUUGAAACCAUUGCCUUGGACUCAAACGAGCAUGGAGAGUCACACUUAAAUACCAAGUUCUUUUCAGCAAUGACCGGUCUAAAAGUGUUGCGUGUUCAUAAUGUAUUCCUUUCUGGAGAUCUUGAAUAUCUCUCAAGCAAGUUGAGACUUCUCAGUUGGCAUGGAUAUCCCUUCAGAAAUUUGCCAUCGGAUUUCCAGCCAAAUGAACUAUUGGAACUCAAUUUACAGAAUAGCUGCAUUGAAAAUUUUUGGAGAGAAACAGAGUUGGAUAAAUUGAAGGUAAUAAACCUUAGUAAUUCCAAGUUUUUAUUGAAGACCCCUGACCUGUCAACGGUGCCAAAUCUUGAGAGGUUGGUCUUGAAUGGUUGUAUAAGACUACAAGAGCUUCACCUAUCUGUCGGCAUUCUAAAGCAUCUAAUCUUUUUGGAUCUUAAGGACUGCAAAUCUCUCAAAAGCAUUUGUUCUAAUAUUUCUCUUGAAUCACUCAAGAUUCUCAUUCUUUCUGGUUGUUCAAGACUUGAAAAUUUUCCAGAGAUUGUGGGAAACAUGAAACUUUUGACAGAGCUUCAUUUAGAUGGCACUGCUAUUCGAAAAUUGCAUGCCUCAAUUGGAAAACUUACAAGCCUUGUUUUGUUGGAUCUUAGAAACUGCAAAAAUCUUCUUACACUUCCAAACGCGAUCGGUUGCUUAACAUCCAUUAAACAUCUCGCAUUGGGUGGCUGCUCAAAGCUUGACCAAAUUCCUGACAGCUUGGGGAACAUUUCUUGUUUAAAGAAACUUGAUGUGAGUGGUACUUCUAUUAGUCACAUCCCAUUGUCUCUACGACUUUUGACGAACCUCAAAGCAUUGAAUUGCAAAGGCCUAUCCCGAAAAUUAUGUCAUUCAUUAUUCCCAUUAUGGAGUACGCCGAGGAAUAACAAUUCACAUUCAUUUGGUUUGAGGUUGAUAACUUGCUUUUCGAAUUUUCAUUCAGUGAAGGUUUUGAAUUUUAGUGACUGCAAGCUGGCAGAUGGAGACAUACCCGACGACCUCAGCUGUUUGUCUUCAUUACACUUUCUGGAUCUAAGCAGGAACCUCUUCACCAACCUGCCUAAUAGUUUGGGUCAACUUAUCAAUCUCAGAUGCCUUGUUUUGGACAACUGCAGUAGGCUCAGGUCAUUACCGAAGUUCCCAGUCAGCUUACUUUAUGUACUAGCAAGGGAUUGUGUGUCACUGAAAGAAGACUAUAACAAAGAAGAUCGCGGGCCUAUGAGCGAAACAGAAGUAAGGGUCCUUAGUUACCCCUCAUCAGCUGAAGACCAAAACUCUAAAAUCUCUCAGAUGAUAUCAAGUAUGUGCACAGCUUGGGAGAAUGGGGGUUGAGGAUAAUACG